AUGACGUCAAUUAUAUCCGAUAUUGAACUCAAAUCUCAACUUGAUCGAACAAUAAUUGAUAAUCACGUACGGAAUGGAUCAGAAGCGAUGAAACAAUUUCGUUUUCAGACGUAUAAAAACCUCUUGGUCCUAUGUUUGGCGUUUCUUCUUCAAUUCACCGCCUUUGGAGCUAUGGGUAAUCUGCAAAGUUCGUUGAAUACCGAAGCAAACGUGGGUGUGAACUCUCUUUCGAUUAUCUACGCAUGUCUUAUAUUCUCGUCGAUCUUUUUACCGCAUCCCCUCAUAGCAAUAUUCGGUUUGAAAUGGACGUUAGUUCUCUGUCAAGUUCCUUAUCUGUUAUAUGUCGCAGCGAAUUAUUAUCCAAAAGCAUAUUUGAUGUAUCCAGCUGCUGCGUUAGUUGGAUUGGGUGCUGCGCCGCUGUGGACAUCAAAAUGUAGUUACUUAACAGAAACAGGUACAACCUAUGCGGAGAUGAAACGUGUUCAUAAAGAUGUGAUUAUAAAUCGAUUCUUUGGUAUCUUUUUUAUGUUCUUCCAAUCAAGUCAAAUUUGGGGAAAUUUGAUUUCGUUUCUUGUUCUGAAACCAAUCGAGAAAGAUUCCAACGAAACAUUAUCAAAUGAAAAACAGAGAUAUAACAAAUGUGGGGCCGAUUUUAGUGAAAAAGAAUACAGAGGUGCAGAAGUUAUCAAUCAAAUAGAUCGAACAACGAUUAAUAUUCUCUGUAUCAUUUAUAUUUGUAUAUGUAUUUGUUCAAUAUUGAUUGUAGCAAUCUUUCUCAACCAACGUCGGAAAACCUCACGAGAUAAAAUCUCUGCUAUGCUUCGCGAUUCAAUUCGGUUACUCAUUUCAAGCAUUCGACAGAUGAAAAAUAUCAAUCAACUCUUGCUUAUACCAUUAACCAUUUGGUCCGGCUUAGAACAAUCAUUUCUCAGUGCCCAAUUUACUAAAGGUUUUGUUUCUUGUACAUUGAAUGCAAAAUACGUCGGUCUUAUUUUAAUUGCUUAUGGUGUUUGUGAUUCGAUCGGCAGUCUCAGUUUCGGUCAAUUGGUGAAAUAUUUUGGCCGUUGGCCAUGUUUUACUAUCGCUGCGAUUAUAAAUUAUUCUCUAAUCAUUACCAUGUUUGUUUGGAAGCCAACUGAGAACGAAAUUGCUGUUUUAUUUGUUCUUGCAGGCCUAUGGGGUUUAGCAGAUGCCGUAUGGCAAACGCAAAUCAAUGCAUUCUACGGUGUUUUAUUUGUUGACAAUAGUGAAGCUGCUUUUUCGAAUUAUCGUCUAUGGGAAUCGAUGGGUUUUGUUCUUUUCUAUAUUAUCACACCUUAUAUUCGUAUACGCAUUGCUCUGAUUAUUCUUCUAGUAUUUUUAACUUUUGGAAUGAUUGGCUAUGGCCUAACUGAAUAUCAGUCGAUGAAGAAAUCGAAAAAAGUUCGAGCAAUAUCGUCAUAA